AUGCCAAGAGUUAGUUAUUUAAAAGCUUUGGAUAUUUGGUUAGCCGUUUGUUUUAUGAUUGUUUUUUUGUCUUUAAUUAAAUUGGCUAUAAUGAAAUAUAUGAGACAACGUUUAAAAAUUGAAAAUAAUUUUAAUAAUAAUAAAUUAGAUUUAUUAUUAAAUGGACUUUUAAUGCCUAAAUUAAUUAAUUUAAUAAAUAAAAAAAGAAAAGAAAAAAUAAAGAAAAAUAAAAAACAUUCGGCUUUAAAUUUUGGAUUUACUUCAAGUAUUAAUUCUUCUUCCUCAAUUAAUAAUAAUAAACAAAAAAAUUAUUGUAAUCGUCAACGUCCACCUACACCCCCUCCACAUUUAAAACAAUUAAAUAUUAAUUUAAAUAAAAAUAUUCAACAAUCAUUUCCUCUUUCUACAAAAGAAAGAAGAAGAUCUUCACAUCUUUUAAAUUUAAAUAAAAAUUUUGAAUCUUUAUUGGUUGAAAGUGCUUUUUCUAAACUUUUAAUGAAACAAAAAUUAAAAGAAUUAAAUAAAAAUAAUUGUUGUUGUUAUUAUUGUAAUAAUGAAGAUAAAAGUGAUUUUAAAAGAAGAAGAAAAAUAUUAGUUGAUGAAAAUAAAAAUGAAUUUGUGGCUACUAAAAAAGAUAAAAACAAAUUUACCACAACUCGUUCACCAAUUAAUUCAAUUAGAAUAGGAAUUGAAUCAACAAGUUCUUCUUCAUCAUCUUCUUGUUCAACACCUACUACAAAUUCUGACAAUGAAGAAGAAAGAAAAAUAAUUUUAAAUAAAAAAGAAAAAUUAUUUUUUUGUUUUGACCAUCUUGGGAAUAUUGAAUUUUCUUCUCAAUUUAUGAGACGUUUUCAUUGGAUAUCUCAAAUGGGAUUUUUCUUUGGUUUUGUUUUGUUUUGCCUUUACUUUUUUCUUGUUUAUCCAAAUAGCAGAUCGACUAGUGUUGAUCCAGCCUGUCGAAGGGAUGAAGCAGAAUGGUUUGCUUCAAUACCGACAUAA